AUGGAUGUCGGUCUGACAGCGUUGAUGGUCUGUGCAGCUGCGGGCUUGGUAGAUUCGGUCGAUCGUUUGCUCGGUUUUGGUGCGGAUGUGUUUCUUCGUGUCCCAAUACCCUACGAGGUCCUCCAAGCCCGUAACCGUGGUUUAAAAGAUGCUGAUUUCAAGCUGAUGGGACCGAAACAUCGACGUAUUCAGUUUGGGGAUGAAAACUACAUGGUAGUGGGUAUGAAUGCAUACGAUUUGGCCCGAUCGUUCGGUCAUCGUCAAGUAGCUUCCAUAUUAUCGAAACACAUGGCUGCCCACAGUUUGCGACAUGUUCCCGAGAACUGGGAAGCAGUGCUCUAUCGAUUCGGUGCAUGGUUCGACAGCGCAAUCUGUUCAUCCCCGUUUAACCAAUGCAAUACUGUGGAUAAGCACGACGGGGUUACUAGCACGCCAGAUGCGGACAAUGACACACUCACCGGUGAAAUGAAUUUGAAUCCGUCUGAUCCUGGAACCGGAUUAAUCACAACCUAUCUUGUCGCCCGAAAUGGCUUGCAUCCGGAGACCGUGGUGGAUUUUGAUUUACUCGUGAUACUACUNACUACUGACCAAAUUGGAUAUGUGUGUACCCGAAGCAAGCAUAUUGUCCUAAUCCUGCAUUCGCGAAUGCUUGUGGCUGAUCUGACCCGUGUUUAUGCCAAACCGCCGGAUGGAUAUCGCAAAAUUAUUUUAUCUUCCAAUAUCACAGAGUCUUGUAUGUCGUUUGAUGACGUGCGCUACAUAAUUGAUUGUGGAUUGGAUUGUACGAGUGAGGGGCGCUUAGCUCACGCACUAGCUCUGAUUCAUAGAGCACAUGAAGUGCUGGAACAGCUAGUCGAUGAUGAGCUAUCCAAGUUUGCCGAAUUCGUCCCUGGCCAGUCAGAAGCGUGCAUCCAGGCGCGACUCCUGGCUCCGGCUAACGUUUCUAUACAAACCGUACUGGAUGCCGUUCCAAGACCACCAGAAUCCGCUGCCUGCUGUGAUUCGAUCCUAUCCCUCAUGGAAAUGGACGCCUUGGAUACGUUCCAAGACUUGACGGAACUUGGAUAUCACAUAUGUGAUAUUCCCAUUCCUCCACGAUAUGCCAAAAUGGUCCUGGUCAGUGUUGCCUUAAAAUGUCUCGAUCCCAUUCUGACGAUUGCGUGCAUUCUAACCUACGCGGAACCGUUUGUUAUCCCGAAGAAUGCAACCGAACGUCGCGAGAUGCUUAAUGCACGAAAGAAAUUCUCGGCUGACACCCUGAGUGAUCACAUGAUGCUUUUACGUGCAUUUCAAUUUUGGCAGAAGGCUCGUUCCGAAGGAUGGGAGAAGAGUUUUUGUCAGAAAAAUUUUAUUUCCACCGCCGCCUUUGAAAUUAUUACGGUUAUUCGCACUCAACUGCUUGGCCAACUUCGCGCAUCGGGAUUUGUGAAGGCUCGGGGGAGCGGGGAUAUUCGUGAUUUGAAUACGAACUCGGAGAAUUGGGCCGUUGUUAAAGCCGCUAUAGUGGCUGGUAUGCAUGCGAACUUUGUUCGUAUUGAUCGGGAUAAAAACAAAUUGUGUUCUACGAAAGCUUCUCUCAAUCUGACAGUUCAACUUCACCCACAAUCGGUGUUGGCCACAAACGCGGACGGAACUCCGGUCAACUUUUCCAUUCUUCCCUGUGAAUGGUUGGUUUACGAUGAGAUGCUCCAACACGAUGAGUUCAGCACAGAUCUGGGUUUGGUUCGCUGUGUGACAGUCGUGUCGCCCAUCACUAUCGCAUUGAUGGCAGGUCCGAUGAAGUUACGCCCCGAUCUCCUCCGUCUCACUGAGAAUGCAAUUCAUGCUCCAAAUCCACUAUUCGUAGACUGGAGUCUAUCGAAUUCUAAACAGAAUCAGAUGAUGCGACCACCGUCAGAAAUUCCUGGGUCCAGUGUGAACUUAUUUUCAGCUCCUCGAAUUGAGUGUCCAAGCCCUGAUCCAAAUGAGUCCCACUCAGAUAGCGACUCCGAAGAGAUAUGGUCUGCUCUGACAGGGAAAACGAGUGGGAAUCCCACCAGCUGUCAUGAUUUUCCCAACCCUAUUGACUCUAAUCCUGUGACAACAAGUACCACAGUGCCCAUGGAUCUGCUAGAUUUUCGCACUUGCUUAGCGGCCGUAAGAUCUUCACGUUCCACCAACGGUCUCUUGUCUGUAAUGAACAUUCGUCCGACCAAUAGCAAAGGACACAACUCCCUGUCCGGGGUCACAAGUCUGGAUGCGCCGCAGGCCGGUGUGACAACAGACUCAACUCUUGUCCCCCUUCGUUUUGAUGAUAACGAGUUGUUACAUUUUCAGGCUGACGCAGUGGCUGCUCAACUGAUUUUGGCUUUAAGACAAAAGUGGCAAGCCUUACUUCUCCGUCGUCUCCGUAAUCCAGGAAAACAAUGCUCUCAACAGGAUGAGUCCAUUCUGUCCGUAUUGGUCACUGUGUUGACCUCUGAGGAGCAAGUGCUUGGUUUGAGACAGCCAUCUGGAGUCGGUGCACGACCUCGUCCAAUGGCAGCGGAAUUAUGUAACCAGUAUGAAAACAUUGUGAAAACGCCAACACCUCUAACUGAAACCAAAUCGGUUCGCAGUCCGGAUGAUUUACCCUCAGUUACCUCUGCCCAGUCAAUGACAAACCAGUCAUUUGUUUCUGCAACCACUAUCACCAGUCUGCCUUGCAGCUAUCCUUACACCAGUAGUCCACCGUUGGUACAACCUAAUCCCAUGGGAGCGCAGUCCAAUUCCAGUGUUUUCAUCGGAAAUACCACUCAUCAGCUAGUGUCUACGAACAUACAACCGGUGGAGCAAAUGCCUGUGUUCUCUCCCGUGCAAGAAUGUUCAGAUGUCCAGAAGUCUGAUUCGGCAGUCUCCGAAAGACUUGGGGCUCAUUUGCAAAACCCUGUAUACUCAAGUGCCACAAGUAAUGCGGCGUUUGGUGCAGUAUCUCAGGUCUUGUCGACACCUCCUGCAAAGAGCACCUGUUUACCUGAUGAUUCCAAAAUACCAGCUCCGAAACCGGAAAUGGAAUGCAUCGAGGUUCCUCCAUGCGCCGAUGGAGCCCAGUCCGUUUAUUACUGUUGGUCAGCUCAAAACGCCUUACGGCGGGAUCAUGUGAUCUCGAUGUUUCUUGUUUUGCUACGGAAUAGUUUUGUCCGAUAUCAUUUAUAA